AUGGGAGCCUUGGGGCAGCCGAGGCCUCACUGGAUCAUUUCAGUGUUUUAUGGUUUGUGCUACUUAGCUAGUACUACUGUUCUUGCUAAUAGUCCUUACACUUAUUCUUCACCGCCACCUCCUCACAAUGCUACCAAGUACCCUCCUCCAAAGUCACCACCACCCAAAUAUCCCAAGCACCCUCCUCACCAUUACAAGUCAUCGCCACCGCUGCCACCGCCGAAGCAUGUGAAGCCUCCUCCAUAUCACUACAAGUCACCACCACCCCCAUCACCUUCACCACCACCCCCUUAUGUGUACGAGUCUCCCCCGUCCCCAUCAACAUCACCCCAACCUCCAUAUGUCUACAAAUCUCCCCCACCCCCAUCACCUUCACCGCCACCUCCAUAUGUCUACAAGUCUCCACCACCACCAUCACCCUCCCCUCCUCCUCAUAAUCACUACAAAUCUCCUCCCCCAUACUACCACAUAGAUGGGGGAGGGAUCGACUACGGUGACUAG